AUGGUGUCAGCCGGAGACUUCGCCUACAUUCCUAUCGUUGUGUUUACAAGUUAUUUUGGUGGAAAGGGAAAUCGAGCCAGAUGGAUCGGUGGCGGCUGCAUGUUGAUUGCCAUCGCUAAUCUUCUAAUCAGCUCCUCCAACUUUUUAUUUCCUGUGGAGGAGUACCAUGUGAACAGCACUUACAUUCCUAGCUCAUUGGCUUAUGAAGUCAACAGAUUUGUACUCAAUGUUUCAACAGAUGAAAAUUGGUUCAAUAGAACGUUGCGAGAAAUCGAUCCCAAAGGAGAAGCUCUUGGCACCUAUGUGAGU